AUGGCUGGAGCUCAAAUGAGCCACGACGAAUUCUUCGCCAAGUUGGGUGAGCUGUUCGAUCACCGCAAAGGCAGCGAUCAUGGUUCCGUCUACCUGAGCCAAAAACGACUCACAUACGGUCAAGACAUCCCCAAGCCCUCAGAAGAGGAACCUUCACCAGAUCUCAACCCUGGCAAGCCUCUACCCCUCAUAAUCAGGGCGUCAAACGGCAAGGGCAAGAGAGACCGUUCCGGAAAGGUCAAGCUGUCCACAGUCGUGAACCCCGAUGACCUGGAAGCAUUUUACGUGCGGUAUGCCGACGUUUGCAAGACAGGCAUGACAGCCCUGAAACCAAGAGACAGGAGCAAGAAGAAGGCCAAGGCCAAGAAGAAGAAGGCUGCAGCAUGA